AAUAUUAACUAUAAUUUCCAAUAUAACUUAAAUCGGACAUUACACGUCAAUUACCGUAACUGGCUCUGUAAAUGCACAUCACACAGCUGUUUGCUGUCAAACUAAUGUCAAAUGGUGUUGUGUUGACAAAUGCCAAAAAUAUUCGCAAGAAUGUUAUUGUUUCUGGUGAAUUAUUAACGAAAAAUUAUAUAAAUAUUGUAGACUAGUGAUUAAUUUGAGAUUUAGUAGGUGUAUAGUGAAUGAUGUGUACAUAAAUUUGAUUUAACAAUGGCUGCCGCGUUCCAACAACAGAUAUUUGCGCUGGAUGCACGGUUCAAUGCGUACAGAGCUCCAAAUAAUCCUAAUUUCAAAACCCUGUACAUUCGUCGACGAAGCCAACUGUUGAGAGAAAACGCAAAAUUUAAGGAUAUAGAAACGAUAAAGAAGUACAUAAAUGUAAGGAGUCAGCUGCUGCAGCGUCGGUAUGGAGUACAGGAUAACAUCUCCAUCAGCUCAUCAUCUUCACGCCCACGGUCUAGCAGCAAGGCAAGUAUUUUGGUGGAAGAGAGUCCAUCCAACUCCAACUCAAAGCGGAAGAAUGACAUGACAAUAUCAGAGAACUAUGCAUUCUCUGGAGUACAUCAUAUAUUUGAUCAGCACACAGAACAAGUAAGCGUAGUAAAGUUUGCGAACAACGACCGCUCCAAGUUGUGCUGCGGAUCGGACGAUGGGACUGUGUCCAUCUGUGACGUCACUGCUACGCCGCCUCGAGUGUCCUUCAUACUGGAUGGACACACCAAACCUGUAACUGGCUGCGACUGGUCAGCGUCCAACGAGUUGCUGGUGACAUGCGCAUUGGACGGAGCUCUCAGCUUAUGGGAGGUAUCAGCUCGCAGGCGACUUCGUGCCGUACCCGACCAGCUGGGAGCCCCACUGCUGUGCUGUGUGUUCCAACCAGCUAACAAUAACAUGGUUAUUGCUGGCAAUGCAAGAGGAAUGGUGGAGGUACUGAAUAUAUCAACUGGAAUAUAUCCCAGAGGUGGCAGCAGUAUCCUAGGCGGGCGAGUGCUCUCCAUCGCUUGCGAGUCCAGCGGCAGAAUGUUCUGGGCCGCCAACGACAAAGGUGUGAUAGUGAGCUACCGCAUGGACAGCGCGGGCGGCGGGCUGAGCAAGCUGCGGCGCUGCAUAGUGGGCGGCGCCGUCACCUGCCUCAGCUGGAGCCCCUGGCUUGCACGCCAUCCCGCGCUGCUUGUCAGCGCUGCCGAUAACUCGCUUUAUCUCUUUAGGAUAAUUGACCGCGAAGGCAACCUGCAGUUAAAGAAACGUUUCGAAGUGCUCCACACACAGCACAGCGUGAAGUCUACAUUCUGUCCUAUAAUGUCGUUCCGGCGCGGCGUGUGCGUCGUCAGCGGCAGCGAGGACUCCUGCGUCUACUUCCUCGACAUCGAGGGACAUGCGGAGCAUCCUGUCGUUAAUAAACUGCAAGGUCACGCGUCCCCCGUGAUUGGAGUCAGCUUCAGUUAUGACGAGAGCUUGCUGGCGACAAGCGACGUCACGGGGCUCGUCAUCAUAUGGAGGAGGAGUUGACCUCACUAGUCUGUAUGACAACAACAGAUCUGAUAAUAUAGAACUAUGUAAGUAUUGUAAACAUUCCUGUACAAAUAAAAGUCUUAUAAUUGA